GAUCUAGUUAAUAAAUCGCAAGAAGAUACAUUAAUGAUUGAUGCUCAAACAAAUAAAAAUGUUACUAGAGAAGAUCAAUGGCUUAAAGAUAGUCAUAUAAAUGAUUAUUUUAAAAUUUCAAAAAGAAAGAGGGAAAAUAAAAAAUCAUCAGAUGAAUAUUCUAAUUCACAAGAAAAAAUCAAUGAAAUUAGAUUUAAUGAAGCUGUUGAAUAUGAAAUCAAUUCUGCAAGAAAUAAUGAAUCUGAUGCAAUUGAAGAAAAGAAACUCAACAUAACCAAGAACACAGUUAAUAUUGAGACAAGUUUUUCACUCAAUAUACCAAACGAUAUACCAUCAAGUGUUCUGGAAAGUCAAAAUAUAAGAAAUGAAGCGUCUUCAAUUAUUGAUCAGAGCACAGAUACAAAUCGAGACAUUUUACCAAAUUCUAAAAAUGAUGAAAAAUGCAUAGAAGACUUUCAGACAUCUUCAAAUGAUCCUUUCUCUAAAAAAAAUAACCAAAUUAUUGAAGAUAGUCAAAUUGAGCAGACUGACAAUAGAUUAAUAGCAGAAUCAGAUCAUGACAAUAUUUCAGUAUGUGGGUCAACUACUAUUAGCAAGUGUUAUAAAAUGCCCUUCUAUUAUGCAGAGGAAUUGAAAAAUCUCAGAAAAAAAAAAGGAAAGGCAGAGAUUUUUGAAUCGAAUCCAGUUACUAAUAUAACACCAAGUGAAAUGAUUGAAGUUAAAUUAAAUGCAAGAUAUUUUUUUAAAACAACUGAAGAAGAUUAUAAUCUUCUUAUUAAAGAAUUAUUGAAAAAUUCAGAAUUUACUGAAUUUUGUAACCCAAAAGGUGCAAAAGUAUUGGAAUUGGUCAAUAUUGCGAAGAAAAUUUAG